AUGGUACUGCACUGUGAGCAGAAGCACCUUGGGUCGGCAGAUUCGAUAGCGCAGAAGACAGUCAAUGUCCUGCAGAGCCUGGGCAGCCCGUCCAAGGGAAAUCGUGGGAAGCGGCUGUUAGUCAUCAUCAAUCCCCACAGCGGCCGUGGCAAGGCGAGGAAGACUUACCACAGUGUGGUGGAAGCCAUGCUGCAAGCUGCCGGCUUUGAAGUGGUGCUUCACGUGACUGAGCGCCCAGGGCAGGCCACAGACAUUGUCAGGGAUGAGGCGCUGGAGCAGUUCCAAGCCGUUGUUGCUGUGGGUGGGGAUGGGACAGCCUUCGAGGUUCUCCAGGGGUAUUUCCACGGACAACACUGGCAGCAGCGCACAAGGACGCCCUUCUGCCUGGUCCCCAGCGGAUCUGGGAAUGCCCUGUCAGCCAACUGCGGGAUGUGGGAUGCGGUCACGGCUGCGUACGCUGUGUGCAAGGGCAAGCAGCGGCCCAUCGACAUCUUCUCAGUGCUGCAGGCGCAGGGGCAGCGCUUCUAUGCGUUCCUGUCCAUCUACUAUGGCAUGAUGGCCAACCUGGAUCGCGGCACCGACCAUCUCAGGUGGAUGGGCUCUGUGCGUUUCACCAUUGGAGCGCUGCAUGAGAUUUUCCAGAGGAAGAAAUACGCAGCCCGAGUGGCGUUCUUGCCCUCAGCAAGCGCUGAGAGGCUGCCUCACGCAGACCGUGGCAGCAGCAGCCCAGGAAAUGCUCAUGAGCGCUCUGAAGGGAAAGCAGCCAGCAACAAGCAGGAGCAUGGACGCAUGGAAGGCAACUCAGCCCCACAGGGGCCUGCAACACAGAUAUUGGAUGGUCUGGGUGACUUGUCACGGCUGGACCUUUUCAAUGCCAAUGCCCUGCCCCAGGGGUGGCGGAUGCUUCCCUGUGAGGAGACCUCCUUCUUUGCCGCUGUCAACCUGCCUUUCCUGGACUUCACCUCACGCACAGGGCCGCAGGCCGACUUUGACACAGGCUGCCUGGACCUCAUGUAUGUGGAAGAUCUGAAGUCAAGGAAGGAGGGCCUUGAGUUCCUGGAAGCGAUUGGGAAAGGGAAGCACCUGGAGGGCAGCAACUGCCUCCUGGAGAAAGUUGCGGCCCUCAUAAUCGACCCUCUCAGCCCAGGCACAUGGCUGGUAGUGGAUGGAGAGGACAUUCCCUAUCGCCGUGUCUAUGUUGAGGGAAAAAGCAAUUGGCCGCUGUGCGGCGGAAACAUGUGA